AUGGCAUACUGUUGUGCGCCUCGAUGCAAGUCUGACGAGAAAAAGAAAGUUGCAGGACUAUCCUUCCAUGAGAUUCCUUCGGAUGCCAACUUGAGGGAGAAGUGGCUUGCUGCUAUCCGGCGUGACAGCUGGACGCCAAAUUCGUCGUGCUACACAAAGUUAUGUAGCCGGCAUUUCACGGAAGAUGACUUCAUCCAAGGAAAAAGGCGACGAUUGAAGAAAGGUGUCGUGCCUACCGUCUUUGUGGAUUACCCUGCCCACUUGCAGCCGCAGAAAAGAAAAGAAAGAAGCAUAGCCAGCAUUGCUAAACGGGCGCGCGAUGAAGUUUUAACAGCCAUCCCGGCGGACUGUACCACACCGGACCCACCCAGUGCCAGUGCCUUCUCUCCAACCAUUCCUCAAAUGCAUUCGGAGAUGGAUGAACUCGCCCAAAACUCGGACACGACCCAAUCCGACGCACAAGACUGA